AUCCGGAGUCGAGGCCCUUCGUAUAAUAUUGCGGCUCUUUGUCAGGUUUUAUCUGGAGUGAAUUCCCUCCGCCGGACAGACAAACCAUUAUCUGAAAAUGGCUUCCGAGGCGCAGGUCCAAAGCCGAUAUUUGCGGCCCAUUCAUGAUGACGAUGAGUCCGAGUCGAGCGAAGAAGAAAUCUUACCAAAAGACGAGACGGAAGAGCAGCUUGAAAAGCUGCUCUUUGGGGAUUCCGAAGGUUUCCGUGGUGCAUUGAAAGACCAUAGGACGACCUCGACAGACUUGGUUCUGCGGGAGGAUUCAGAGGCUGAAGGAGAAGCCAACAGGGCAGCAGAUGAUGACGACAAUGAAUCGAUUGAUUACUUUGCAGGUUUGGACGAUGCUGAUCUAUUCGUCCUAGAUACAGGCACAGGCCACGCGCCGCCCAUAAUUGAACCGCCCUCUGCAUCCGCUCUCGCAAAGACCACGGCAGCCGGUGGCGAUCUGCUCGAGGCCGACACCGUCCCAGCUGCAUGGGAAGACAGUGACGAUGAGCGCAUUACUGUUUCGCUUGCUACAAACGAGCGUAUGCGAAAAUUGCGAUUGACAGAGGCUGAAGAUCUAGUUAGCGGCAAAGAAUAUGCGAAAAGGCUCCGAAGGCAGUUUGAGCGGCUACAGCCUACACCAGAAUGGGCAAGCAAGGCCACAAGCAGAGCCGCAAAAAGAAGAAAAACCGGAGAUGAUUCCGACCGUUCAGACGAUGGGUCAGGUGCCAGUGCAGAUGAGAUGGAUACAGAUGUAGAAGAAGAUAUGUCGCAGCAGCCUUUGGCGCGAUUACUACAAAAUGUGGGCAGCCUCUCAAGGAGAGAUGAGCAGACGAAGUCAAACACAAGACGAAAACUUCGCCAAGAAGUCCUAGAAAUUCAGCGACUGAAAGACGUCCCGGGAAACCAACCUUCCACCAUCGACUCUCUUACUUUUCACCCACACUAUCCUCUGCUUCUCUCGUCCGGCCCUGCGUCAACGCUCUUCCUUCACCAUGUAUCUCCGCAAUCCAGCUCGCCAAAUCCUCUCAUCACUUCCCUUCACGUCCGCCGUACCCCCCUCCGAACCAGUGCAUUCCUGCCUCCAAGUGGAAAUCGUAUCUUCUUCUCCGGCCGUCGCCGCUAUUUCCACGUUUGGGACUUAGAUACUGGAAAGGUUGAAAAGGUCAACGGUACAGCAGAUCGCAGAGAAGAGCAGAAAUCCAUGGAGCAGUUCAAGCUGUCCCCAUGCGGACGGUGGAUGGGCUUAAUAGGAAGCACAAGAAAAGGAGGGGGUGUUAUCACCAUCCUUGACGCGAGCACCAUGCAAUGGGUCGCCCAAGUGCGCAUUGACAGUCGCGGUGGUGUGGCAGAUUUUGCGUGGUGGAGCGAUGGUGAAGGCUUGUGCGUUGUAGGAAAGAAUGGAGAGGUUAGCGAAUGGGACGGGAGGGAAAACCGCAUUGUUGCUAGAUGGGUCGACGAAGGCGCCGUCGGAACAACGGUGAUAAGCCUGGGAGGAAAGUCAGGCAAACCGCAACUCGGUGGCGAUCGGUGGGUAGCGAUUGGGAGCUCUAGUGGUAUCGUAAAUAUAUACGAUCGGAGACCAUGGGCUGCUGGGGCUGCGAAAGCGGUGAAUAUAGCGAGAGCGCCGGCAAGGUCAAAGACAGCAGCUGGAGAGCCGGAUGACACACAAUCCGGCGUACCGAAAACACCCAAGCCAACGCGGACGUUGGAUCAGUUGACGACGCCGAUGAGCCAUUUGGUGUUCUCGAAUGAUGGGCAGUUACUUGUCAUGGCGAGUCGCUGGAAGAAAGAUGCUCUCAGGCUUGUCCAUCUUCCGUCUUGCACUGUCUACAGGAAUUGGCCGACAUCAAGCACACCGUUAGGCAGGAUUUCUGCGGUUGCAAUUUCUCCGACGUCUGAUAUGCUAGCGGUUGCGAACGAGCAGGGGAAGAUCCGGCUGUGGGAGAUUCACGGCUAG